AUGGAUAAAGAAGUUAUUGUAAAUCCUCAAAAGUGCCAUUUGGAUGAUUUUUACGAGUAUCAUGUUUAUGAUAACGGUGCUUCAUCAUCUUACUAUGAUGACUAUUAUUAUGGUCCAUGUCCGCUGUUAAUCAUGUAUCGUCACCAAGGAUUUCGCUUUAAUGACGAAAUGCUCGUAAGUGAAUAUAGAAGACAUAGCAGCUAUGAAAGUCAUAAAAGUACAAGCCUAGAAGACAUGGAUCAUCGUCGGAACGAACUACAACAACAGCAGUAUCCACAUCUUGAGCAGAGUAGUACUAGCAAUAGGAGAAGUUUUGACAACAGUUACAAUAAUGAAGGUGUCAAACGUUACUAUCAUACAGGCGGCACCAGGUUACCCUCUACACCGGAUGUUAUUGAUAUUAAAUUGACAAAGGCUGAAUGUGACGUAUAUCCCUAA